AAAAAUCUGGGCACUGUUUGGCUCCGCCGGAACAGAAUAAAACCCAAACCCACUACGGCGGCGCCGCCGCGGCUGCUGCUCCGGCGAGGGGGACGGGAUUUCUCCGGGACCCACCAAAAACCCCCAACUAAUACGAGCGAUUACUGAUUAAUUAGGAUUGAAUAGGAUGGAUCGAGAAUUAUGUGUUUUGUCUGUGUCCCAAUUUCGUCUCUUGUGUUUUACGCGUUGAAAAUUUUCCCUUUAAGAAACCCACUUAGAUUCUCUCUGUAACUCUCUUUUUUUCUCUCUGUAAAUUUGUUUCUUUUUUUCUCUGUUUUUAAAUUUGUUGGUCACAGAUCGAGAAUCCACCAUGUAAUGCACAGAGUCCAGCUGGGAGGAAACUGGGUCUCACAAGAAAAGAAUCAUUCAUUGCACACACACAUACAAUUUUCUUUACUCUUUUUUAAUUUAAUUUUCCCUCUUUUUCUUUUGGGGGAUUUUUCUAUUUUUCUUGAAUUGAAACAUUUUCUUAUUCCCCCUGAUUUCUUUUAUAUCUAAACCCACCUCUGUGUCUCUCUCUCCGUCUCUCAUAAAGAGCUGGCUGUGUUUUUUUAUUCGUUGAAGGAGUGUAGGUGUAGUGUUUGAUGAAAUGGGUGUUUGAGAAAGUGGGCUGAGAAACCACGCACGUAGAAGAAGGGGGACUUAGAGAGAGAGAGAGAAGAGGAGAGAAGAGGAGAGAAGAGGAAGGAAGUUGAGUGAGAUGAGAGAAGUUGAAGGGCUGCUUCUCUGAGCCUUGGUUUCCUUUGGAUUCUGAGUUCUUUGAUUUUUAGUGGCUUUUCUUAGUCUAAUGGACACCAAAGGCCGACUCAUUGCGGGUUCUCACAACAGAAAUGAGUUUGUUCUCAUCAAUGCCGAUGAGGUUGCAAGAGUGACAUCUGUGAAAGAGUUGAGUGGGCAAAUAUGCCAGAUCUGUGGGGAUGAGCUUGAAAUCACUGUAGAUGGAGAGCCAUUUGUUGCGUGUAACGAAUGUGCCUUUCCAGUUUGCAGACCUUGCUAUGAGUAUGAAAGAAGAGAGGGCAAUCAGGCUUGCCCUCAGUGCAAAACCAGAUACAAACGUCUCAAAGGUAGUCCUCGGGUCGAAGGCGAUGAAGAGGAAGAUGAUACUGACGAUCUGGAGAAUGAGUUUGACAUUGCAAACAAGGAUCCCAACAGUGUAUCUGAGGCAAUGCUCUAUCCCCACCUCGCCGUAGGGCGUGGUUCUCAUGCUAAUGGCUCUGGAAAUAUGGCUUCCGACCUCGAUUCAUCAUCGGUCCCGACCGAUAUCCCUCUCCUUACCUAUGGCCAAGAGGAUGCUGGAAUUUCCUCUGAUAAGCAUGCUCUAAUCAUUCCUCCUUUUAUUAGCCGUGGCAAAAAGGUCCACCCAGUGCCGUUCUCUGAUUCUCCCAUGUCGGCUAAUCCAAGGCCAAUGGAUCCAAAAAAGGACUUAGCCGUGUAUGGAUAUGGAACUGUUGCGUGGAAGGAAAGAAUGGAGGAGUGGCGGAAGAAACAAAAUGAAAGACUUCAAGUAAUUAAGCAUGAGGGUGGAGGCGGAAAAGGAGAAGACGAGCUUGAUGAUACAGAUUUGCCUAUGAUGGAUGAAGGGAGGCAACCACUGUCGAGAAAGCUGCCGAUCUCCUCAAGCAAGAUAAAUCCAUACAGAAUGAUAAUUGUACUUCGAAUUGUCAUUCUUUGCCUCUUUUUUCACUAUCGUAUCCUUCAUCCUGUCCAUGAGGCAUAUGGAUUGUGGUUAACAUCAGUCAUCUGUGAGAUAUGGUUUGCUGCAUCAUGGAUAUUGGAUCAGUUCCCGAAAUGGUGCCCAAUUGUUCGAGAAACUUACCUUGACCGGUUAUCAUUACGAUAUGAAAAAGAUGGCAAGCCAUCUGAGUUGGCUUCCAUUGACAUUUACGUCAGUACAGUGGAUCCAAUGAAGGAGCCUCCUCUCAUCACAGCAAACACCGUCCUGUCUAUACUUGCUGUUGAUUAUCCGGUAGAUAAGGUUUCAUGCUAUGUUUCUGAUGACGGUGCUGCCAUGCUUACUUUUGAAGCCCUUUCGGAAACUUCUGAGUUUGCAAGAAAGUGGGUUCCUUUCUGCAAGAAAUUCAAUAUCGAACCCCGGGCCCCAGAGUGGUAUUUUGCCCAGAAGGUUGACUAUUUGAAAGACAAAGUUGAUCCGGCCUUCAUCAGGGAACGUCGUGCAAUAAAGAGGGACUAUGAAGAAUUUAAAGUUCGAAUCAAUGGGCUCGUUGCCAUGGCUCAAAAAGUUCCUGAAGAUGGGUGGACAAUGCAGGAUGGAACUCCGUGGCCCGGGAACAACGUCAGGGAUCAUCCUGGAAUGAUUCAGGUAUUCCUUGGUCAAAAUGGGGUUCGUGACUUGGAAGGAAAUGAAUUACCUCGUCUUGUGUAUGUAUCUCGUGAGAAGAGGCCGGGAUUUGAUCACCACAAGAAAGCCGGAGCCAUGAAUGCUCUGGUGCGUGUCUCGGCAAUCAUCUCAAAUGCUCCUUACAUUUUGAACGUGGAUUGUGAUCACUACAUCAACAACAGCAAGGCACUUCGAGAAGCAAUGUGCUUCAUGAUGGACCCGAUUUCUGGAAAAAGAAUAUGCUACGUGCAGUUUCCACAAAGAUUUGAUGGGAUUGAUAGGCAUGAUCGAUACUCGAAUCGCAAUGUCGUAUUCUUCGAUAUCAACAUGAAGGGAUUAGAUGGUAUUCAAGGGCCGAUUUACGUCGGAACUGGGUGCGUGUUCAGGAGGCAGGCCCUUUAUGGGUAUGAUGCCCCUGCCAAGAAGAAAACACCAAGAAGGACUUGCAAUUGUUUGCCAAAAUGGUGCUGCUGUUGCUGCGGAACUCGAAAGAAGACUAAAACAAAGAAGACCAGUGACAAAAAGAAGUUAAAGACCAAAGAUACGUCGAAGCAGAUUCACGCCCUCGAAAACAUUGAGGAAGGAAUCGAAGGAAUAGAUAAUGAAAAAUCAUCUCUGAUGCCCCAAGUUAAGUUUGAGAAGAAGUUUGGGCAAUCUCCAUCAUUCAUUGCUUCCACACUUAUGGAAGAUGGCGGUGUGCCCGGAGGAGGGACUUCUGCUUCGCUAUUGAAAGAAGCCAUCCAUGUAAUCAGUUGCGGUUACGAAGAUAAAUCCGAGUGGGGUAAAGAGGUAGGGUGGAUAUAUGGGUCUGUUACAGAGGAUAUUUUAACAGGUUUCAAGAUGCAUUGCCACGGCUGGAGAUCAGUUUAUUGCAUUCCUAAAAGGCCAGCAUUCAAGGGUUCCGCUCCUAUUAACUUGUCCGAUCGUCUACACCAAGUUCUUCGGUGGGCUCUUGGAUCUGUUGAAAUUCUGUUGAGCAGGCACUGUCCGAUAUGGUACGGAUACGGAUGUGGUCUGAAGUGGCUCGAGCGUUUCUCGUACAUAAACUCCGUUGUUUAUCCAUUGACGUCGAUUCCAUUGAUCGCUUAUUGUACCCUUCCGGCUGUCUGCCUGCUCACAGGGCAGUUUAUCGUCCCUGAGCUAAGCAACUAUGCCAGUAUAAUUUUCAUGGCCCUUUUCAUCUCUAUAGCAGCGACCGGUAUCCUCGAAAUGCAGUGGGGAGGAGUCGGGAUCCACGAUUGGUGGAGAAACGAACAGUUCUGGGUUAUUGGGGGUGCCUCGUCCCACCUUUUUGCACUUUUCCAGGGUCUGCUAAAGGUUUUGGCUGGUGUUAACACAAACUUCACUGUCACGUCCAAAGGAGGAGACGAAGGAGAUUUCGCUGAGCUUUACCUCUUCAAGUGGACGUCGUUGUUGGUCCCUCCAUUGACCUUAUUGAUCAUAAACAUCAUCGGAGUAGUCGUCGGGAUUUCAGAUGCCAUCAACAACGGUUACGACUCAUGGGGCCCGCUCAUCGGUAAGCUAUUCUUUGCAUUCUGGGUGAUUGUCCAUCUGUACCCAUUCCUCAAGGGUUUGAUGGGGAAGCAAGACAAGGUACCAACCAUUAUCAUUGUGUGGUCCAUUCUUCUAUCAUCCAUCCUAUCGCUUCUAUGGGUCCGAAUCAACCCGUUCCUCGACAAGGGUGGCAUUGUAUUGGAAGUUUGCGGGUUAAACUGUGACGACUAAGAUGCAGAAAUAUACACGGCACGAAGUGUUACGGGUAGGAGGAGUUUGUUUUCUGGGUUGAGCGUCAUGGGGACUACUAACUGGUCUCGAACAUGCAUCUGAAUAGAACACGGUAACGCUACUCCGCCCGAGAUUGUGAAAGAUGAGUUGCUGCAAAAGGCUACUUGUCCUGGAUUUGUAGAUAUGGAGGAAUUUGCAUAUCACACAUCAUCAAAUAUUUGUUCUCUCUGCAAACUUUGUCAUUGAUUCUUUCUUCUUCUUCUUCUUCUUCUUCUAUACAUGGUUUUUUUUUCUUCUUUCUUCUUUCUUUUGAUUUUGUGGAAGGGACUGUAAUUUAUAUCAUGUGUCUGUGAAAAUCCAAGAAGAGCACAUAAAAAUGGAGGGAGGUGGGUUUUAGUUUGAUUCAUCAUAAAUUUAUCCCUUCUCAAAAGGGAUUUCCCAAUUCCCAUUCCCUUAGGUGGUUUUGUCUGUUGUAUCCCUUUGUUGUUUGUAAAUCUCUUCUUCACUCAAUCAGCCCUCAGUUUUUAUUAUUUAUGGUUGGUUUCUUUCUAUAUUAAAACUCUCCAAUUCUGCCUUGUUGUAAUCACAAUAAUUAUAGUUUUGUCAUCUUAAUGCAAUAAUCAUGGACUUCCCUCAUUA